AUGAUUCUCAAAUAUUAGAGUAUCAAUAAAUACAAAACAAAUAUAAAAGAAAGAUUCUCAAAUACUGUUGGUCCUCUUAAUCAAAUAGAGAACAAUUUAUUGAAUGCAUGCUUAAGUAGUAUUAGCUAUAAUCAUAGAAAAAAUGAACUAUUUAAUAUUUAAUAAGAAUUAUUUCAACAUAAAUUACACUAUGUAAUAGAUUAUACAAACAAUUAAUGUCUUAAAAGUAUCAAAAGCAAAUUUGAUGAAUAGAUGUGUUUUUAAAAUGCAAGAGAUUAGAUUACAAUUUUUUAAGAAUUAUUUUAACAUACUCUAUAGAAAGAAUUAUUGUGAAUGUAUUAUAAAAUAAUUAUUAAUUAUGGCUGAUUAGAAAUAGUAAUUGUUUCUAAAAUAAUUAACUGUCAAUAUGUAAUCUCUUUAAAGAUACAUUCAAAAAGAAACUAAUGAAUAAAGAGAGAAAUGCUAUCAAAUUUAUUUAUAAUCAAAUGAAAAUUAUGAUGAAUAUUACAAAUGUAUUUGAUAUUCUAAUAUGAAAAGGUAUUCAGUAAUUACAAACUAAGAGAAAAACAGUAGAUCGUAAUUAUGAAUCAAUGGUUAAAUAUUGGCCAUUUUGGACUUAAACUUGUUUUGAGAAGUCAGAAACAAAUGAUUAAAUUUUGAAUUGUUAGAAACAUACAACAGAAUCUUUAACCAAUUUUUUAUAGAAUUCAAUCUAUUAGUUAUAAAUUUGAAC